CUCUGUCAAAGGGAGUAACGUUUCACCGACUGUAUCCCUGAAACCUCCUAGUCUGUUUACACUGUCGGCUCUGGGAAACUGGGCGUUUAAUGUUUCAAAGGGAAGGGAAAGUUGCCGAUUAGUCAUGUUUGGUGCUUUGGCUGGGUUUUCAGUGGCGAGUUUACUGACGUUUGGUUACUUGUCCUGGGACUGGCUGGAACCUGGUCUCGAAGACCCCGACGCUCACGAUCCGCUGAGAGACAACUCAAACCCGUCUAAACCUCACAUUAUUUUCAUCCUCGCUGACGAUCAGGGUUUCCACGAUGUGGGUUAUCACGGCUCCGAGAUCCAUACCCCGACCCUAGACAGACUUGCUGCUCAAGGGGUUAAACUGGAGAACUAUUACAUCCAGCCCAUCUGUUCCCCGUCCAGGAGCCAACUCAUCACAGGCCGGUAUCAGAUACACACAGGACUUCAGCACUCUAUCAUAAGGGCUGGGCAGCCUAACUGUAUACCCCUUACUAAUGUAACACUACCUCAAAAGCUUCAAGAAGCUGGCUAUUCAACGCACAUGAUUGGAAAAUGGCAUCUAGGAUUUUAUAAAAAAGAGUGUCUGCCCACACGUAAAGGAUUUGAUACAUUUUUUGGGUCACUUACAGGUAGUGGUGAUUACUACACUCAUGAAAUCUGCGAUGGACCAAAAACUUGUGGCUAUGACUUGCAUAAGGAUGAAAAUGUGGCUUGGGAGUACAGGGCUCACUCUUAUUCCACUUUCCUAUAUACUCAAAAGGCAGUGGAAAUUUUAGCAUCUCAUAACCCUGGGAAACCACUCUUUCUAUACAUUGCUUUCCAAGCUGUUCACACACCUCUGCAAGUACCAAAGAAGUACUUGGGCCAGUACAUGUCAAUUGACAAUUUAGGUCGGCGGAGAUAUGCUGCUAUGGUAACAUGUUUGGAUGAAGCAGUAAGUAAUCUUACAAAGGCAUUAAAAAAAUAUGGUUACUAUGACAAUAGUGUAAUUAUUUACUCCUCAGACAAUGGAGGGCAACCCUUAGCAGGGGGAAGCAACUGGCCACUUCGUGGACGGAAAGGAACUUACUGGGAAGGAGGAAUUCGUGGCAUUGGCUUUGUACACAGUCCACUCAUUAAAAACAAAGGGAGUGUGAGUCGAGGACUAAUGCACAUCACAGAUUGGUACCCUACCCUCGUAACCCUGGCAGAAGGAGAACUGGAGGAGAAUUUGGACCUUGAUGGAUAUGAUGUUUGGGAGACCAUAAGUGAAGGCAAACCUUCUCCACGGACUGACAUCCUGCAUAACAUCGAUCCCCUUUACACUCGUGUUAAAACCAGAUCACCUCGUGACGGAUUUGGAAUUUGGGACACAGCAAUCCAAGCAGCAAUCCGAGUUAAAGACUGGAAAUUAUUGACAGGGAAUCCAGGUUUAAGUGACUGGAUCCCACCCCAAACCUUCCCAAAUUUUGGUGGGAAGUGGUGGAAUCUGGAAAGAAUAUUAUGGCCUAAAGGAAAAUCAGUAUGGCUGUUUAAUAUUACUGCUGAUCCAUAUGAAAGAGUUGAUCUUUCUCAACAGUACCCUGAAGUUGUCAAGAGGUUACUCUUGAGACUUGUUCAGUACAACAAAACUGCAGUUCCUGUUAAAUACCCACCUAAAGAUCCUAGAAGCAACCCAACACUUAAUGGUGGUGCUUGGGUUCCAUGGGAGAAUGGGGAUGGAGAGGAAAACAAUAUAAUUAAUAGCAAUGCAGAAGAUAGACCCUGUAGUGUCUCUAACACAAAACUGCGCUUCAAAAAACCUAUUUGGGGUUAGUAUUCACUUUAAAAUUUUAAUUUAUAUAAAUGGAGAAUGUUUAGCAAGUGCCAUGACGACAUAUUACACUUUAAAAUGGUGCUGACGUUAGUAACUUGUGACCUGUAAACAACAAAUUAAUGUAUAAUCUGAGAGUAGUUUUGCUGAUCCAUGUCCUGUGUAAAACCAACAAUGGAAGAUUAAUGAGGGCUGGUCAGCGAAGGGGCAGGCACUCCCUCAGCACAGCUCACCAAACAGAAGACACCUUGUGUAAGGGCUCAUUAAAGAAUGUGUCUGCUAAAGCUGCAAAUGUAUGUUUAUUUUUAAAGAAUGUGUAGUUACAUUUCAGUGGAAAUCCAGGAUGUCCCUUUCUUCUCAGGGGUGUUUAAAGAUAUAUUUUUGUUAGCAUUUGGUUCAAGUUUCGGUGCAGACAUUCCUCACAUUAACAGUUAUAUAAGAUUUUUCAUAGCAUUCCAAUAGCAAAUGAAAUUAUUAUAAUAUGUUCAGUUAAAUAAAUAAAAUCCAGAAAAUGAUUUACUUUUCUCUGAUUCUGAAUGUUUCCAGGUGGACUGAUGUUAAGCUUGUGAGGAACAGGUUGAAACCUCAUGAUGGGAGAAUGAGGCCCUGCAGCCUGCAACUGCCAAGCCUCAUCUCAAUCAACCCAGUCAACUACUUGGCCAUUUCUGGUGGAAAGCAGUGGCUGGGCAAUGUGGAAGGACAAAAACCAGGUGGACUGGAUGUCACCCUUCUGAAUCAGCAAAAGGUUGACAGUACCAAUUUAUGUACCUCUGCUGGGUGUUGAUAGAGUCACGUGACUACAGUGGCCAGGGUGUCACCAGCCCAAACUUCACUUCAGCUCUGCUGCUCCAGUUUCCACCAAAAAACAAUUCUUAAACUUGCUUAAACUUACCAACUUAAACUUAAACCACCAGGCAUCGGUGGCACCCCAAUCAGAUCACCUGGCAGUGCAGCUCUGUAGUGGAUUAAAAUUCCAUUUGAUAGCCAGGUAAUUCAUGAACCCACACCUUGCAUUUAUUAAAAGGUAUCAUUCUGACUCUGUGGCUGCCAAGACAAACAAUAGUAAAAUCACAGAUAAGUGGGAUAAGGGAAAGUGAGCAAUUCUUCUCUAGCUGCUCCUGCCAAUCAGAGACAGUUAACUGUAAUGGAAACUACAAAAUUACAUUGCAGUAAGUAAGUAUUUGACCUUGCAAAAUCAUGUCUGAGAUAAAGUCAUGUCUGGAAGUCAAUUUUCAUUCAUGUCAAUCAUACUAUUCCUCUUUCUCCCUAGUUUGUAGUCAAUUUGCCAUUUGUUCCUGAACAGACAUUAAAGCUUAAGGACGUAUCAAGUUUGGGAACACUUUGAUAAAGAACAUGCCUCAUACAUAGACAAAGUUUGAAUUUUACACUGAAGUUAAUAGACCUGAUUAUUAAAAUCCAUCUUGUUCCAUGUCCACAUGCAAUAACAUAUUAUUCCCAUUUUUUUGUUUUUCCUUUAGAAAUACAUACAUACAAAUGUAAUUGCAAUUCUGAAAUAUGAGUUAUAAUCCCUUGUGGGUUUGUACGCCUGUGACUUAUGUUGGAAUGAAAUCAUUGUGCUACAGUUGGAAUAAUAUAAAACAUUUGCGAUUUCCUUUUUUUUAAUUGAAUAAUUAUAACCAGACCAGCACCAUCACAUUUUUGGAUCUUUAUUGCAAAAUGAUACCUCCCAAAAAUUCCUGUGUGUGAAAAAUUUCUUGUCAGGUAACAGUGAACAUCUGUAACAUUUUUACUUGAAGAAACAGUGUUUGAUGGGAAAAUCCAAAUCUUUAUUCAGCAUUUUCAAUCCUGACACAUUCUUUAAUCUUAUAAAGAACUACUGAAAAUGGUUCAUGCUUCCCUGGAAAAAAUGAUUCUGACAAAUAUGAACAACAGUGUUGCCUAGACAGCCCCACUGGAAUGCACAUCACAAGCUCUGAAGAAGUGAGUGUGAGAAAAAACUACUCAUGACAUACAAUUUGUGAAAAGAGAAAGUUCUUGUAAAUGUUGAACAAAUCCUCUCCAUAUCAAAGAGAAAAUAGUAAACUAAGAAACAGUGGACUGUGUGUCUGUGUUUUUUCACAUCAGUAGGUGGCACAGCUUGUUCAACUCCUUUAAAGUGCCGCUUGGUUUAUCCUUUUAUAGUACAAUUAGAAUGCAUCAUCGAGAACCUAUUAGCAAAGCUCGCACCCAUUUUAGAGUGAUUUUGAAGUCUAUCUUGAGGCCCAUCCCCAUGCAGUUUAAAGGUAAAAUAGUGUUUAAAAUGUGGUCACUUAAACCAAAAAAAAGUCCGCAAAACACACACACACACACACACACACACACACACACACACACACACACACACACACACACACACACACACACACACACACACACACACACACAGCUAAAAUAAUAAAACAAAUUUAUUCCUGUCAUUUAGAAUGCUCUGCUUAUCUUUCUCCCAGCCACUGAGUUCUUACAUUCAUACUCAUGGGGCCUCUGUAACUUGCAUCAGGUUAUACUGGAACAGGCAAGUAGGCAGAUUUCCCACCUAAGGUCUGGAAGUCAGCAGAAGCUACAGUUGCACUAUUGGACACUUUAAGACAUCCACAGGCGAUACAGGUGCCCCAGGUCCAUCACUCAGCUGAGUAGCUGGCUGCACUUCCACCCAUACUCAGGAAUAACCUAGUUUGGAGCUUAUCUGUCAGCAAGUCUCAGGUGAAGGUCACCCCAACAUAUUGUAAUUGACAAUUCCUUAAACCAAUAGAAAAUAAUGCCACCCCAUCUACCAAUGACUUGGAAACCUUAAAAUCCCCCAAAAACAGUUACCAUAUCAAAAACCUUAACCAGAGCUUCACAUUGUUGAUGAUACUUGAGUCAAAUGCUGACUGAAGAUGAUGCUUGAGAAACUGAGUCAAAAGGGAACACUUCCAAACUGGGGUCUGUUUUGUUGUCAAUACUGUACCAUUUUUAAAUUUAAGAUAAAGAGUAACAUUAAUAAUGGUAUUACAGCACCAGCGACUCGGUUUAAUUCCUGCCGCUGUCUGUAAGGAAUUUGUACGUUCUCCCCGUGACUGUGUGGGUUUCCUCUGGGUGCUCCAAUUUCCUCCCACAAUCCAAAGAUGUAUGGCUUAGGAAGUUGUGGGCAUGCUAUGUUGGCGCCAGAGGUGUGACGAUAUUUGCGGGCUGCCCCCAAAAC